AUGUUAAAGGUAUCUCCAUGGAAGGGUUUGCUACGAUUUCGCAAACGUGGAAAGUUGAGUCCACGAUUCAUUGGCCCGUUUCGGAUUUUUGCACGAGUUGGCAAAGUGGCUUACCAAUUGGAGUUACCUGAAGAGUUAUCUCAUAUUCAUAACACUUUUCAUGCUUCACAACUCCGAAAAUGUCUUGUCGAUGAUGCAACGUGUGUUCCAUUGAAAGAAAUUGAACUAGACAAAAAGCUAACUUACGUUGAGGAACCGGUGGCGAUUGUUGAAGAAGAAUUGAGAAAGAUAAGCAAUAAGACGGUACGAACGUUCAAGGUACAAUGGAAGCAUCAUAAGAACUCCGAGUAUACGUGGGAAACGGAGCAUGACAUGUUGGUUUACUACCCGUCUUUGCACAUGGUAUGGAUCACGGGGACGUGA